CCUUCCCGCCUCUGAUAUCAGUAAUGCGCCGCAGAAUGUGUCGCAGGAUGAAGGUACAGUUGUGAACUCAAAGUGAACUUAACCAGCCAAUCACAGAGCCCUCUAUCAUCUCAUGUUCUCUGCCAUUCAUGUUGCAGGUACACCUGUCCCAACCCCUGACUUGCCAGAGCAAAACCUACAGCCGGACCCUGCCACACCUUUACCAGAGUGGAAGUAAGCUCUACUUUUCACCACAUUUAUCAUAAUUUCAUCUUCAUUUUUACUUUGAUAUUUGUAAAAAGUAGUCUCAGGUUAAUGUUUGUCAUCAUGUGUCAUCAGUUCUGCUAUCCCAACUCUCUUUAAACAUUGGUGAAACCAGCAGACCAGAAAGUAAAAUAUUGUCCCAUUCAGGCCUAACGAAGGAUUUCAGCUGCUAAAUAGUUCAGGGUCUCCUUUAUCCUGUUUUUUGGUGUCAUGAUGCUUCAAAAGUUUUCAAUGGGAGACAAGUCAGGACUGCAGGCAGACCAGUUCCUCAGUAGGACUCUUCUACUACAGAGCCAUGCUGUUGUAAUCCCUGCAGAAUGUGGUUUGUCAUUGUCUUGCUGAAAGAAAGCACUGAUUAUUGGCCUGCUUCCAUGUUCAUGACUUAAACCGUUGGAUAAAUACAAGAUUACUGUCUCUGCAGCAGGUCACAGGGAUUUCCUUCACAUUGAAACAGUUUCCUUAGGUCAGAGUGAUCAAGUAGUUAAAAUAUCAUCCUUUUAUUUCCUGAGGAAUUUCAGUGUGUGUGUUUACAGUCCAGAUUCUCAGUGUGUGAGUGUGCUUACUGUGUGGUUUUAUUUUUCAGCCUGGUGUCUGUCAGUAAAGAGGAUGCUCAGCAAGCCUUCAUCCGAUACGCAGCAGGGAAACGCUGCUACAGUAAGAGAGCUGCAGAGCAGGCCGUCAUCACCAACAUGGAGGCUUUCAACACACACAGAGUGAGACACAUUUCGAGGUUAUCACCGAAUGAACAGGUCACAUGUUAUAAAACAUGUUCAACAGAUGAUUUACAGCUUUAAAUCUUUGCUCUCCACUCAACGAACGAGUCAAAAUAAUGUGAAACGUGAGCUCAGGAUGGCCUUUAUGAAACACAGAAAAAAAUUGUCUGAUAGGUUUUUUUUUUUAAAUAAACUGUUAGUCAAAUUAAAAAAAUGUCUUAGCCAUUUAUGAAGUUUAGUUCUUAAGUGAAAAGCUUUUUCCUUUUUGAGGUGAGUUAGAUGAAAACACUUAAGAUUCAGAGGACACUUGUGGAACAGAAGAAAAUCAUCAAUGGAAAACAAGGUUUUGAUUUGCAUUCUGAUGUUUUUAGUCAGUUCUUUUCACCCUCUAUGAAAGAGUUUCAUUUGCAGUGAGAAAAGUUGUUCUUUACAUCUGUCUUUAAAUUUUGCUUUUUGUUAGAUAAAAAUUAUUUGAUACUAAGAGGACGUUUUAUUUGAUUAUAAUGAAAAAAAACUUCACCCGAGUUUGGUUUUAGUCUAACCCCCUCAAAGAAAAGAAAAUAAAUGUCUGUAAAGUUAAGUUGAUGAUAACUUCCAUCUUUGUGUCUGAGGUCCUCUCACUGUCCCCUUUGUCCUUUUUAUCCUCUGUCCUUCCUCUGUCUCUUCUGUCCUUCCUCUGUCCUCAGUACCGCCUAGAGACCUUCACUGAGACUCGUACCACAAAGAUGAGCGUUUCAUCGUUCUUCGGUAAAGUGUUCUUCUUUAAUAACGCUCUGAUAUCAGGACAGUGCAGCCUGGCUCUCCACAGCUGUCACAUAAUGAAAUCAAACAUAGACCAAAUAUACUGUAAAAAUAAAUAAUACAUAUGAAGUCUUUCUGUCAUCACAUGUUUAUAUCAGGUCAGCCGAUCGACAACGAUGGACAACCUCCCCCAGACAAAUGGGACAUACAAGUGACAGCUCCGCCCCUUUUCCAGGAAGAGAGUCAGACCGUCAGCGUCCCAAACACAGAGGCUGUGACGGUACAGCCCAAUACACACACACAAAUUUAUAUGCAUACGCCCAUGAGAUACUGGCAUUAAUACUGAAUCGGAGUUCAUGUUCAUAAAGACAGGGUUAGGGCUCAUUUAUGCUCAAAGUUACAUAUGGAUCCAGAUACGGAAAGAGCUCUCCAUCCGUACUUCGCGUUCUGUUCGUCCAUAUUUCUGCACGUAUCCUUAAAGUUUACAGAUACAGACCUGGGGCCUGUUCUACGAAGCAAGUUCGACCUAGCGAGGUAGCCUUGGAGCUACCUCACUCAACUUAGCGCGGUAGCCAGCGGUCUCGCUAAACGGUCUUACGACACUGGUUAUCAACCUCGUAAGUGGAUCCAGCUUUGCUAUGAGCGCAUGCACGCAUGUAAGGCGGAGCCCGCCGCAUCUGACCAAUCGCGAACAUGGACCAGUCUGGAGCGUCAGAGCAGAAAAAAGGUCCCUGAAAACUCUCGUGCGCCGCAGUGCUCCUCGGACAAUGCGAGCACCGAGGUCUAUAGGAUCCUCCAAGAACGGGCAAGCCAUUUUUCGAGAGAGCUCAUUGGUCAGUGGGCGGGGUUUUUAUACUCGGUGAGUUAAAUCUGGAACCUAUCCCGUCCAGAGCAGGUUAGCCGUUCAGCGUACGUUGCCCUGGAGACUCGCCUCACUUAGAAGUGAACCCGCAUCGUAGAACAGGAAACCCCGAACUUACCCUCAAAGUUACCUCGCUAAGCAGUAAUCCUGCUUCGUAGAAUACGCCACUGACAGAUAAGUACCACCAGAAACCAUGGGGGCAGUGUUGCUGCUGUCACUACUCGAUACAUAUCUCUAGAGAGAAACUAAGCAGACAAUUGUGGGGCAUUUUGAGAAUCAUCGUCAAUUUCUCUCAUCGGUACGACUAGAAAAACGAAUUCUCCGUCCUCCAACCGCAAGGCAUUUAGUGGUCUGACCGACUACUGCCUCCUCCAACGCAAAUAUACAUUAUCACUAGCUCCUCCACAGUCACCAUGUUUCUUUUUGUUUGUCGUGGUCAAAACUUUUUAUUCUGCGAAGUAUGUGGGCAGUGAACCAGAAACGUUGUUUGAAACGAACGCAUACAUUGGCGAGCAUUAGUGAGCCUUUAGAAAUGAUCAUGGUAAAUAUGUUGGUAAAUAUGAUGAUGUGUUGCUGCUGAUAGGUUUGGGUUACUGUUUAUAAAGUUUUGGAACCAGAAAGAAACAGCAACUUUGCACCAAUGUUUGUUUCUUCAUAGACCAAUUUAGAUUUUCACUUGUUCAUCUCCGACCAGAUUUUUUCUCUGAUCCUUUAACCUUGGUUCUCUAUCAUCCAAUCUCUACGCUCGGACACUUCACAUGUCUGGGGUCACUCUUUACGGCGCCCCCUGAGGAGAAAGUGCAGCCCACAAACAAUACACCAAAGUGCAGUAAACAAGCUAUAAUGUACACAAUUUACAUGCUAACCAGAACAAAACACCACAAGAUGCAAAGGCAAAGCCUGAGAGGCCGAGGGGCUGCUUAAGUCAGGCAAAGACCACACCAAGCCUGUGAACCAGGAGGCCUUUCAAAGCCAGCCAGCAGCUGCCAGGCAAAGGCAGUGCUGGCUGCUUCAUUGAGAUGAGAAAACUUGGAAAUUGCAGAUGACCAAGUGGCUGCUGCACAUAUGCGACAAGAAAGGCUCCCCCUCUCUGUCUAUCUAUCAAUAACAGCCUGUUACUGAGUGAGGAGUUACUUGUUGUGUACCUGAGAUUAACAGUCUGUGAUUGGUCAGUAGCUUGUUUUAGGGCUGGUUAAUUCACUCAGUGUGUUUUUACCUACAGGAAUGUGUUCGCUGUGACUGGGACGGGAAAACCAGCUGUCAUAUCUGUCACAGCAGCGGUAGAGUAAGUAACCAAAUGAGUGUGAGACACACGCUCACACACUCUCACAUACAUUCACACAGAAAGUCUGCUCCCCCCUCAGUGGUCCGCCUUCUUGUCUUUUAGAAUCCGUGUACGUCUUGUGGUGGUUGUGGUUCGGUCUACGUGUCUGGUAACAGGCGGAGCUGUUUUGGCUGUGGUGGAGCCGGACGGAGAAGGUGAGUUUGAGAUUUUGUAAGACAGAUCCUGAGUGAUGUUUUUGACCCAACAGACGACGACGGGUGCAUGUUUGAUUCUUCACAGUUGUUGGAAAUGCAGCGGUCGCGGAAAGCUCACCUGUUCUGUCUGCGAUGGAGAGAAGAAGGUGUUCACUGUCAUGAACAUGGUGGUCCACUGGUAAUGACAAGACUAAUAACACAUUAAUAUCUGCCUGCAGCUAUGGCCGAUCCUUAGAUUAGUUGAGCUUAGUUGAGCUGAUUUGUGGCCAGUUUUAGGGCCUGAUCUUCCACACCCUAAGAUCAAGGAGGAGCUGAUCCUGGGCUUUUAAUGACUGAUAUGUUCACUAACGUAUUUGUAAAACUAAUCCUCCCGUGUGUGGGUCAGUAUGACUUUUUUGCUGCAACUGAACAAAUCAGAGCCUCUCUGACUGGAUAUUUAAUAACAGACAUGUUGGAUAUUCACCUGCAAUAACCACUGAGAGGGAAGCUACCUCAAAGAGAUGAACAGAUCAGAGGACAUGGAGAUAGGGAUAAAGACAUUAUAUUAGAUACAAUUACAUUUGAUAAAUAACCAUUUUUUAUAAGAGCACUUUUUUAUCGUAUCAUAAAAACGAGUUAUUUGCAUUGAAUUUAAAAUAAGCAGAAAUCUUUUUGGUAAACAAUCAGUUUUCUCAGUUUCAACAUUUUACUUGUCUUUGCACGUAGGCUGUAUAUACUGUGGAGAACUUGUUUUAUUUUUCUCCACUUCCUGAAACCAACAUUGCGCAGUAACGUUGUACGCAUUCCACCUCUUGUACGCAUUCGGUGGGAGAGUCGCCAAGAGUCGCUGUGAUGAUGCUCGGCUCAAACAGCAUAUCCCCUGGGUGAGCUACGCAAUCUUCGUACACCCAUAGGAUGUAUAAGGUGUCAAUCAUAGAAAACAUUAACUAAUAUUGUUUAAAAAAUGGAGCUGUACAGAAAAAAGAGGACUUGAGCACAAACCAGUCUGACAGUAACUACCGCUUCACUUCAACUUUAUUAUGCCCCAAAAUGGGCAAAUCGGGUUGCAGCAGGCACAGGCAUUUAAAACACUGCCAUGCAUCAUAAGAUAAAAUAAAAUACAUUUACAUAAUAAACAGUACAGGAGGUAAAAAGCAUUAAAGACGAUUUAGAAGGUAAAGAAAAGCAUAUGUCAGUCAUACCAGUAUUUUUGCAUGAGCAGAGUGCAUAAAAUGCAGAAACAUAGUGCAACGUGUGUACCAAUAAAAGAACCCCUAGAUGAAGCUUGAUCCUUCUAAGAUCAGUGAGAUCAGGCCCAUCAGACCUAGAGCACCAUACAUACACCAACAUCUCAAGCAAGGGGGAGAAAAAUUUUUAUUUUGUGUAAUAAAUUUCUAAAGUUUGUACACAACUCCAUAAGGAUGGCUGGAGGAGGUGGGGUUUAUGACCUAUACUGCCCAUCACCCGUAGAGGGUGCUGUUCUCAGGGUGGCUUCACCCAGCGAAAAGGCAGACGGCGUCCAUUCUAUAAUCGGUCUAUGUCUUUGCAAUAUUAUCCAAUAUAGACUUCAAAUGAUUAGGAAACUAUUGAAUUAUGUUUUUAUCAAAGUUAAAUGUUUUGAUUUAGAAAAGUUGGGAAACAAAAACUGUGUGCUAUAAUAAUGUCUUGUUAUAAUAAUGUGAUUUAUCAUUAGGAAGAACAAUAAAGACGAGGUGGUGGUGGAGCAGUCCAGCGAGCUGAAGCUGCCUGGGCUGGAUGAAGUGUCUGGGAGAGCGCUGUCCUCUACUGCUGCCCUCAGGGUAAGAGCCGUCAGAGGAGGAUAAUGGCGAUGAUGUUAAAAACAGUCAGAUAAAGAGGAGGUGGUGUGUUGCUGUGUUCCGCAGGUCGAUCCUGUCAGUAACUUCCCUCAGCCUGACGUGGUGAAGGCCUCAGAGCGGCUGCUGACGGCACACAGACAGAGGUUCCCGCACCCUACACGGAUCCUUCAGCAGGUGAGACCAGUUCUCAAAGAAAGCCUGUGUCCCCUGGGUGGACAAUCUGCUGACCAACUGUCUUUUCUGUGUCCAGCGACAGACCAUCGAGGAGCUCCCCAUCACCAAAGUCACGUAUAAGUGGAGGGGAAAGUCUCAUGUCUUCUUUGUUUAUGGGACUGAGCAUAAAGUCAAUGCUGAGGAUUAUCCUGCUGCAUGCUGCUGCUGCAACUGCUCUGUCAU